UCAUAUGUGGCUGAGUCAUGCAGCGUGGACAUGAUGAUCAAGGUGUUACCGUGGGGACCAGUGACAUGCAAUAAGAACUGUUCUUAUACAGAGAUAUUGCAGAGUGAGGAGGUGAAGGGGAUUCAGCUCAAAUGGCGAGCCAAUCUAUGUGGAGAAUGGGAUGGUGGAGAUGGUACUUGCUUCUUGGACAACUCCUCCAACAUGGUGUUUUGCCCUUAUGAAGUAGGUUUUUUGCGAAGUAUUUCAAGUGAGUUUGCAACAAUUUACUUUUGGUAUUUUCAAGGAAAAAAUGGAAUUAGCAAAAAUGGAUGUUCUUUCUGUUGUUCAAACAUUUUUUUUAAUUAAUUUUUUUACUAUGCAGAUUUUCUGGCAGACGGGCUCAAUGCGGGAGUUAUGGUUAUCCCAAUUUAUAGCUUGCUCUCAUGGUUUGCAUUAAAACUUGCACUUGGUCCCCCAUUUGUGGUUGCAUUCUUGAUUUAUAAAUGGAGGAGGAGGGAUCAAUCUGGGUGUGAAGAGGUCGAGGAUUUUCUCCAAAAUCACAGUAAUCUAACACCCAUCAAGUACUCUUACUCUGAUAUAAAGAAAAUGACCAAAGGUUUCAAGCACAAGUUAGGUGAAGGAGGCUAUGGCUAUGUCUAUAAAGGAAAGCUCCAAAGUAAACGUGAUGUUGCUGUGAAAAUAUUAGGCAAGUCCAAAAAACCAAAUGAGCAACAGUUCAUAAAUGAAGUUGUCACUAUUGGAAAGAUUCGUCACAUCAAUGUAGUGCAAUUGAUUGGAUUUUGUGCAGAAAGAACUAAGCGAGCUCUUGUUUAUGAGUACAUGCCUAAUGGUUCUCUAGACAAGCACAUAUUUUCACAAGAACAAGGGAAUAUAUCAAUAAGCUAUGAGAAAAUCUAUAAUAUUUCUCUUGGGGUGGCUCGUGGAAUUGAAUACUUACAUGAAGGUUGUGAUAUGCAUAUUCUACACUUUGAUAUCAAACCUCAUAACAUUCUUCUUGAUGAUGAUUUUAAUCCAAAGAUCUCGGACUUUGGACUUGCAAAGUCAUAUCCAAUAGAUGAUAGCAUUGUGUCUUUAACAGUGGCAAGAGGAACAAUGGGUUACAUGGCACCUGAAUUGCUCUACAAAAACAUUGGAGGCAUCUCAUACAAAGCUGAUGUUUAUAGCUUUGGGAUGCUAUUGAUGGAGAUGGCAGGUAGAAGAAAGAACUUGAAUGCUAUGGAGUACUCUUGGCAGACCUACUUUGCUAAAUGGGUUUAUGACCAAUUUGAGGAAAUGAUAGAUUUGAGUAAUGUCACAGAAGAGGAAAAGGUGAUAGCAAAUAAGAUGAUAGUAAUAGCUUUACAUUGCAUACAGAUGAAGCCAAAUGAUCGUCCUUCAAUGAAUGAAGUAAUAAAGAUGCUUGAAGGAGAAUCUGAGUUCCAAGAUGCUCUUCCUUCUCAGCCUCUGUUUACUUUGCAGGGGAUGCCAACAGAUCAUGUUCAUGCUGGUGAAAGUUCGAAUUUGGCAUGUUGUCAAUCAGAGUAAGAAGUUCUUAUAAAUUGUAACUGAAUAU